AUGAAUAUCGAUAACGACAAAGAAAAAAAUGCAUGGAAAUUAAUCAAUGCACCAAACCCUCCAACACCACCACCGCCGGCAUGUGGUGUAAGAAAACCAUUGCGAAUUAACGGUCGUAUGUUCAAUGCUCAAAAUGUGUUAGAUGCUUGUCGUUGGCCAUGGAUUGUAUCUAUUCGAGUUCGCCAGAAUUCAUUUGCUUCUCCAACCCCUUCUAACACAGAUAGUUUAUGCACUGGGGUAUUGGUAAAAGAAGAUACUGUAUUAACGAGUGCUAAUUGUUUACACAUGGCGUCAGUUUUGAACAACAGACAGAGAGCUGCACCCAAUUUAUUGGUUGUGGCUGGCGAUUUGAACACUAAGACUUUAGAUAUUUCUAAUCCAACACCCCGAGAAAGAUAUCAUACUGUGUGUAACACAUCCAUCCAUCCUGGUAACUAUCGACCUGAUGAAACUCGUGCAACACUAAAUGAUAUAGCUGGUGAAAAUGAUAUUGCCAGAAAAUCCUUUAAUAUUGCUGUUCUGAAAUUAAAUGAACGUGUUGAGCUUGGCGACUGUAGAGAAAAGGCUUGUUUACCAUCAUUUUUAGAUUUGGCAACCAAAGACAAUGGUGUCAAGAAUUGUUUUAUGGCCUCUUACGGAACAUAUGACUCGACUCAAAAUCCAUCUGAAAAUCUUAAAGAAUCUCAAGUUGUAUUAUACCCAUCUUAUACCUGUGACCUCGUUUCAUAUCCUUUCACGAGUGCUCCUGGUACAACUUGUGGUCGCUUUACUGAAGGUAGACCCUCUGGACUCUGCCAGGGCGACGAUGGAGGAAUGGUUAUCUGUGAAGAUGCUAAGACAUCAACCUGGAAAUUAUUUGGUCUGAUUGAUUAUGCCAAGUUCAAAAAAUACUUAAAAAGCCAUGUUCAAGUUUUUUUAGAUUGGGAUUAG